AUGGCGCCCGUGAAACAAAAUAUCACAACAGUGUGGCAUCACUCACCCACCCUCCCCUCCCCUCCCCUCGACCUCGCCUUGCCAUCCCCAGUCGACACCUCUGCCCCGCCACCCCUCCACUCCGCCGCCGACCACUCCUCCUCCGCCCACGCCAUCGCUGCUGUGUGUGAUCUCCCGAAGCAGAAGGAUCGCGCAAGCAGCCUGGACGCGCCGCUGAAUAAUAAUCUGCGAACGUGCUGCACGACCGUGCAGGCUCACAUGGAUGCGCCUGAUGAAACGCAUCUGGAGUCUGCCGCUGAUGCCGGCCUAGAUGAUCGAAACCAGCUUCCGCAGCUGUCACGCUCGGCCACCACCCUAGAUGCUGCAGCCCAGUCUUCCACUGCACAUCCUGUUUCUUCUCCUGUUGCUGCUCCUGCCUUGAAGCCACGAAAGACUUUGCGAACACGCCCCAGUCAUCAAGCUCUUGAACGUCAACAUGCAGCGCCGUCCUCUCUGAACCACCGCCAACCACCACCGCCCGACCAGCAAUCGCGUCCACGUCUGACCAACAUGUCGCUCUUCAACCUAUUCAGCAAGCCCAAGGUCGAACGUCAACGCGGCUAUGCUGAGCCCAGCCUCGAGCGUCCAUCUCGAACGCUGUCUAAGAGCGACCCAUCUCAUCGACGCCCCGAAGUCGUCUCCCGAGCACGUGAAUUCGAUGCACUACCAACCAGGCCUCGCCCAACGUCGUCCAAAUCCUACGCAGGCAGGACUGCCAGGACAGCAUCAAUCAAGCAGUCUGUGCCUCCUCUGCCCAUCGAAAGGAAGGCCCGACACUUCGACCCGCCGCCCUUGUUCCAGGUAUGGCCACAAACAACAAAGCACGGAACGUUCGAAAUGACGACCGUCACCCCGGAGAUGGUCCUGCAGAAAUCCAGGAUUCGAAUGGUCGGAACAGCGCUGCUCGUGCCCGCUCCCGAUAUGCAGUCUUUGCAAAGUGCUGGUAACCGAGGCAGCUUUGAAUCUCGUGUGACGGUCAAAUCCUCGUUGAAACAUGUCGCCAACGGUUCGAUAUCCGGUGUCCAUCUGCCCAGCAAAAUUUUCGUGCUCGUCACGUCUGGAUAUCUGCUGCAAUACGCCGAAACGGGACCGAGCGAUCGCCUUCCUGAAAAGGUCCUCCAGCUUGGUCGUCAUUCGGCCGCAUAUGCCUCCGACCUCAUCCCAGGAAAGUACCAUGUGCUGCACGUCGAGCAUGCCGUCGAUCAGAAUGGCACAGCUAUGCCUCACCCGAAUUCCUUCUUCUCCAAAAUCGGUCUGCGAAGCCAAGUGGCAAAGAAGAUGGCCUCGAACUUUCUGAUUGUGAUGCCUGGCGCUCGGGAGAUGGAAGACUGGAUGACGACCAUUCGGGAGGAGAUUGAGAAGCAUGGUGGCAAACGAGCACGAUCUGAUUCUUCCACUGCCCGCCCCAGAACGACCGAGCCGCCGAAAAUUGAUCUGCAGAGGACCCCAAGUCUGAGCCAUCGCUAUCAGAUCAAGCGAGAAUCUAUGAUAUUCAACAUCACCUCGCUGACCGAGGACGUCAUGAAGGAGCUGCCGCCAACACCGCCAAUACCUACGCCGGAAGAAAAGCACCUAAUCAUGUCGAAUCCCGAGGAAGAAGCCCAGGCCAGUAGUGACAUUGAAACUAUCCCACCUCUAGCACGCAAAGUUUCGGAUGCCAUGUCUACGAACUCUUCUACGGGAGUGUCCAUUGACCAGCAGAAGCUCGACACUCUGCGUGAUAGCAGCCGGAUCUCGCAUUCGACGGUAGCCACAACCGCAGGCUCUAGUGUAUCUCGCACGAACUCGAUCAGCUCAACGCCGCCAUCGGAGGGUAAGGAGGUUCAUGAAAUCCAAGCUGAGACUGCGGCCGCCAAAGGUCCCUACCGGACCCUAUCAUCAUACGCCUUGCCGAAGAGACGAUCUGCAGCGCCCCUCGUGCUGCCGGAUCCGGCAGUGCUUGAAGCGGACACCUCUGUCGACUCACCACUCCUUGGUCGUCAGCCCACACACGUUGCCGCGACCCUUUGGCCAUCUAAGAACCUCUCACCCGCCGCCCGGAGUGUACCGAACUUGAACCUCAUCGGGGAGACAACUUACUCGUCCGCACUCCCAAUGCCACCCACGGCCGAAGUUGUUGAGAGGCCUGAAUCGUUUGUGGGUGACCUUCCCGAUCCUACUACUUGGGCGAGCAAAUGCUCCCCGACCAGCCGGGGCCAAAGCCAAGCAGAUCCAUUCGGUCGCACAAGGCCGUUGAGGGCCGGCUCACAAUCCUUUAGCCUGCCACUGCGUGUGAAUGUACAGGAUCAAUCCCUCCAGCGCCCGGUCAUCAAUCGAGCUUCACGGUCCGCGGGCGCAGAGGGCGCCCUCCUAUCGCCAGUACCUGCCGCUACUACCUUGGUGGCGAAGGUUGAUGCAACCACUCGCACCGUUGUAGACUAUCACGAUUUUCCUCACAACCCUUCUCCGCCACCUUCUAGGCCACUUCCCGCGCCACCGACGACAAGCCAAGGUGCGCCCGAGAACGUUCAGCGAAAUCAAUCCGUCCGUCUCUCUCUGUUCCCAAGUGGUGCAGUGCCAGCGCCAAUAAGCGGACCAGUCCCUCUUAAGCGAGUCACACGAUCGCCGUCAGCUACUGCGCUCAACACUCGUGCCGCACAUAGUACUGCGGAUGCUGGUGCUCUCAAGCGGCCAAGUUCGAUGCAGGUGCGAACCAGCUUUGCACCGUUCCUAUCUUCGGUUCGUGCGUCACCUACGUCGCCAGUCAAUGAGAACGAGAGAUCCACCACCACGGUUCCCAUUCGCAGCCUCAAACCUUCCCGUUCUGUCGCCACCAUGCAGACUGUUCAUCAACGCACUGUCAUGAAGACCGAAUCCUUCAACUUCAGCACUCGAAGGGUCCUGGAGGAGGAAGCUGAACAAGCAACACCGCUACCGACCCGAUCCUCGUCACCACCAAAGGACAGCUACAGCAUAUCGCGACCAUCAUCCCGCACUCGCGGACCAAGAGCCUCGGCGUCUCUGCCCGAACUAGAUUUCGGAAUCCCGGUCGUUGGUUUAGGUCCACCAGCUCCCCCGCCUCAGACUCCCUUGCCUGAGAUUCCCACGCACAGCAGACCAGCGAGCAGGACCGAAGGUCCAAUACUCAGAACUGGCACUCCUAUCGGUGUGGCGAUCGGCGACAUUGAAGAAGAGGGCAGGAACGUGGGACUUGGCAUUGAAGUCUCGUGA